AUGGAGGAAGUGAAAAAGGCUGUCUUCUCAAUUGGUGUAGAUAAAUCUCUGAGUCCGGAUGGAUUCUUGACCUUCUUUUUUCAAAAAAUUCAGGAAGUUGUAAAAGAUGAUAUAUUGGCUAUGGUCAAGGAAUCAAGAGAGAAACGAUAUAUAUCAAAGGACCUGAAUAAUACCUUUAUUGCCCUGAUCCCAAAAGUUAUGGCCAACAGGCUGAAGAAAUUACUCCCAAAAAUUAUCUUUGAGGAACAAACUGUCUUUACCCCUAAUCGUUCUAUUGUGGAUGGAAUUAUCAUUGCCCAUGAGGCAAUUCACUCGGUCAGAACUGCAAAGGUGGAGAGGAUGCUGGUAAAGAUUGAUAUCAAGAAAGCAUAUGAUCUUGUUAAUAGAGAGUUUGUGGUGCAGGUUUUGAAAUAG